AUGUCUUCUAUGAUCACUACUACAGCCUGGGUGCGGCGCGGUGUCGCUGCCCAGUUUCCUACUAAAUAUGAGAUUGACGAGGAGGAAAUGAACCGGAUAUCUAAGCUUGCUCGCAUGCAGCUUGAGGAUGCCAAGGAGGAUAUGAAUGCUGCGCAAGAGGAUUCUGCUAUGGAUGAGGACAAGGAGGAAGAUAACAAGGAGGAGAAUGAGGAGGUUAAGGAGACCUCCAAGGAGGCUGUCGAGUCGAAAAAGACUGAGGAUGAUGAUGAUGUUCUUAAGGAGUUCGAUAUGGACCACUACGAUAGCGAGGAGGUUGACGAGGAUGGCGAGAAGGUCACUAUGUUCGGCAACGUUCAGUCCCUGGCUUACCACCAGCCCAACGAGGCAGACCCGUACCUUGUCAUGCCUGAGGACGAGGACGACGAGGACCGCGAGGAGCUCCAGAUCAUGCCCACCGACAACCUUCUCCUGGCCGGAAAGGUCGAGGACGAGGUUGCCCACCUGGAGGUUUACGUUUACGAGGACUCCGCCGACAACCUCUACGUUCACCACGACAUCAUGCUGCCCGGCAUUCCCCUGUGCCUGGAGUGGCUCGACAUGCCCGUUGGCAAGAACACUGAGGGACGCACACAAGGUAACUUCGUCGCCGUUGGAACCAUGGAGCCGGAUAUCGAGAUCUGGGAUCUGGACGUCGUGGACUCCAUGUACCCCAACGCCAUCCUCGGCCAAGGCGGCCAGGACAGCGAGCGCAAGAAGUCCAAGAAGAAGAAGCCAAAGGCCAACGACGAGUACCACAUCGACUCCAUCCUGGCUCUGGCAGCCAACCGCCAGCACCGCAACCUGCUCGCCUCCGCCUCUGCCGAUCGCACCGUCAAGCUCUGGGAUCUUACCACCACCAAGUGCGUCAAGUCGUACUCGCACCACACCGACAAGGUCUGCUCGCUGGACUGGCACCCUACAGAGUCCACCAUCCUCCUGAGUGGUAGCUACGACCGCACUGUGGUUGCAGCGGAUAUGCGUGCACCCGACGCCAAGGCCCGCUGGGCCGUCGACUCGGACGUCGAGAACGUCCGCUGGGAUCCUCACGACCCUAACUUCUUCUACGUCACCACCGAUGGUGGCCAAGUCUACCGUUACGAUGUUCGCAACGUCCCCGCCACCCCGGCCGAGUCCAAGCCCGUCUGGACCCUGCAGGCACACGACUCCUCCGUUUCCUCCUUCGACAUCAACCGCACCAUCCCCGGCUUCCUGGUAACCGGCUCCACAGACAAGGAGGUCAAGCUCUGGAACGUCGAGAAUGACAAGCCCAGCAUGGUCGUCUCCCGCAAGCUGGACGUCGGCAAGGUCUUCUCGACCAACUUCGCCCCAGACUCUGAGGUCAGCUUCCGUCUCGCCGUGGCUGGUAGCAAGGGUAACGUUCAAAUCUGGGAUGCGUCUACGAACGGUGCUGUUCGCCGUGCGUUUGUCUCACGUCUGCCUGCUUUUGAGGGUGAUGUGCAAGAGCGUAUGGUUGGUCUGAACGCUGACGGUGAUGAUGAGUCGGAUGAUGAGGGCGAGGCUGGCGUUGAGGCUGAGGCUCCGGGUCCUGAUGGAUGGGAGUCCAUGGAUGAGGAUUAA